GAAACUGGAUACAUGGUUUACAGCGGGUCACUAAUGUUGGAAAAAGUACAGAGUCCAGGGAAAGACCUGCUUGUAACUUUCUGAAUUCUGGAUUUUUUUUUUCCUUUUUUCUUAACUUUCACUAAGGGAAUAAGGACUACUGUAGUCUGAUGUGUCCUUCCCAAGGUCACAAAGUAUGACAAACUGCACUUUUUCUUGGGCUCGAUGAUUUCUGCCUUAAGCCAAAGGACUGCCUAUAAUUUCACUAAAAAUGUCUUCUAAUUUGGAUCCUGGGGAUUUACCAGAAUCUCUAAAGCAUGGACUUACACCUAUUGGUGCUGGGCUUCCGGACCGAUACCGACUCCCCAUUCCCGCCCUCGGCCGCCUUGUCAUGCUGCCCAAAGUGGAGACGGAAGCCCUGGGACUGGCUCGAUCGCAUGGGGAACAGGGGCAGAUGCCGGAAAACAUGCAAGUGUCUCAGUUUAAAAUGGUGAAUUACUCCUAUGAUGAAGAUCUCGAAGAGCUUUGUCCUGUGUGUGGAGAUAAAGUGUCUGGGUACCAUUACGGGCUUCUCACCUGUGAGAGUUGCAAGGGAUUUUUUAAGCGAACAGUCCAAAAUAAUAAAAGGUACACAUGUAUAGAAAACCAGAACUGCCAAAUUGACAAAACACAGAGAAAACGUUGUCCUUACUGUCGAUUUCAAAAAUGUCUAAGUGUUGGAAUGAAGCUAGAAGCGGUAAGGGCCGAUCGAAUGCGUGGAGGAAGGAAUAAGUUUGGACCAAUGUACAAGAGAGAUAGGGCCCUGAAGCAACAGAAAAAAGCCCUCAUCCGAGCCAAUGGACUUAAACUGGAAGCCAUGUCUCAGGUGAUCCAAGCGAUGCCCUCUGACCUGACCAUCUCUUCUGCCAUUCAGAACAUCCAUUCUGCCUCCAAAGGCCUACCUCUGAACCAUGCUGCCUUGCCUCCUACAGACUAUGACAGAAGUCCCUUUGUAACAUCCCCCAUUAGCAUGACAAUGCCACCUCAUGGCAGCCUGCAAGGUUACCAAGCAUAUGGCCACUUUCCUAGCCGGGCCAUCAAGUCUGAGUACCCAGAUCCCUACACCAGCUCACCUGAGUCAAUAAUGGGCUAUUCCUAUAUGGAUAGUUACCAGACAAGCUCCCCGGCAAGCAUUCCACACCUGAUACUGGAACUUUUGAAGUGUGAGCCUGAUGAGCCUCAAGUUCAAGCCAAAAUCAUGACCUAUUUGCAGCAAGAGCAGGCUAACCGAAGCAAGCAUGAAAAGCUGAGCACAUUUGGGCUGAUGUGCAAAAUGGCGGAUCAAACCCUCUUCUCCAUUGUUGAGUGGGCCAGGAGUAGUAUCUUCUUCAGAGAACUUAAGGUUGAUGACCAAAUGAAGCUGCUUCAGAAUUGCUGGAGUGAGCUCUUAAUCCUCGACCACAUUUACCGACAAGUGGUACAUGGAAAGGAAGGAUCCAUUUUCCUGGUUACUGGGCAACAAGUGGACUAUUCUAUAAUUGCAUCACAAGCCGGGGCCACCCUCAACAACCUCAUGAGUCACGCACAGGAGCUAGUGGCAAAACUUCGCUCCCUACAGUUUGAUCAGCGAGAGUUUGUGUGUCUGAAAUUCUUGGUGCUCUUUAGUUUGGAUGUCAAAAACCUUGAGAACUUCCAGCUGGUAGAAGGUGUUCAGGAACAGGUCAAUGCCGCCCUGCUGGACUACACCGUGUGCAACUACCCCCAGCAAACAGAGAAGUUCGGGCAGCUACUUCUGCGACUACCCGAAAUCCGGGCGAUCAGCAUGCAGGCUGAGGAAUACCUCUACUACAAACACCUGAAUGGGGACGUGCCCUACAAUAACCUUCUCAUAGAAAUGUUGCAUGCAAAAAGAGCCUAAGUUAUGACCCCUAAGAGUUCUGCUUCCAGAACACAAAGAGAUUUGAGGGGAGGGGAAAGAACAGGAAGAGGAAAAAAUACUCUGAACUGCUCCAAGCAACACUAAUUAAAAAACUCGGUUAAAGAUACUGAAUUUAAAAAGGCAUAAUAAUCAAAUACUUAAUAGCAAAUAAAUGAUGUAUCAGGGUAUUUGUAUUGCAAACUGUGAAUCAAAGGCUUCAUGUCCCCAAAGGAUUCAUGUGAAAGACAUUGUAACGGAAUGGAUUUGAACUCACAGAUGGAUUCCAACACUAUGUCAGAAUAAAAAUGGACAGAACAAUUCUUGUAUAUUUAAACUGAUCUCCACUAUGAAGAAAUUUAGGAACUAAUCUGUGUUAUUAAUUAGGCUUAUACAGUGAGGGAUUGAGCUUUACAGAAUUCCUCCCUGGUGAAGCUGAACUGAAACAAUUCUCAAGAAUGCAUCAGCUGUACCUGCGACAGCCCCUCUCUCUUCCUUGGAAGGCCUCGCACCUUCUGCCCUGUGAUCACCAAGUCUGUACAAAGGACCUAUGCUCAGCCACGCCCAUUAGUAGCUCCACUAAAUCAUGAAUUCCAAAUGUCUGUGUCUUAGACCUGCAAACCGCUAAUAAGAACAGUCUAUAAAUAUGUCAGCUUGCCAUUUUAAAUAUGUUCUCAAGUUUGUUUUGUCACGUGUUCAUGAUUUUACAAAGAGCAGGCAGUAUCCCUCUUCUAUCUUAUAUAAGCAUUCAUGAAUAUUAAGGGAAAUGACUACAAAUUUUUUAAGCAAAUGCUCCAUAACUAAAGCAAGUUAGAUCUUAUUUCUGCUACUGUUGCUGAAAUGUGGCUUUGGCAUUGUUGGACUUCAUAAGAAUUUCUGGCUGAAAGGCUUUUUAGGCUACAUCUGCCCUUUUUAAUCAUAAAGGUUUGUGGUUCAUUUUUAAAAAAUACAGCAUUAAAAAUCUUUUGCUGGAAUGUCAAAUAGUCACAAUCCUAAGUAGUUGAACAUAAAAAUUGAAGCAUGUCAAGCUAUGAAAAUGAAAAGGAAGGAGAAGCUGAUAGAUUGGUUGACACAAGGUUCAUUCUAGUUGCCACUGAGCAUCCCCUAUCUUGAGAUGGGAACGGUAAUUUUUGAAUACAGCCUGGAAAAAUACUAUAGUCAUUUAAAUCUUCCCCAAAGAGGAAAGGAAGAGAGUGAUACUGACCUUUCUAAGUCAUAGACCAAAGUCUGCUGUAGAACAAAUAUUGGAGGACGAAGAAUUGCAAACAAACUCUCCAAACAAUGCCGUCAGUAUUAUUAACACGCGAUGCCACAGGUAUGAAAGUCUUGCCUUAUUGCGCGAUUCUGAAAGGUAGCUGUGCAGAUGUGGAUCAACUUUAAAAUAAAGUAUUAAUGCUUUUAAAGUCAGAUAAAAUAUAGUGUUUACAUUCUUUAGGUCCUGGGGGUGGGUUGGGCGGGGAUCAUGAUAUUACAGAAUAACAGAAGCAGUAAUUUCUUUAAUGUUAUUUUUCUGAUUCGUAAUUAUUUUUAACAGGACUUAAUUAUUAUAUGUCGUGAGACACUAAAAUCAAAAACGGGAAUCUCAUUUAGACUUUAAUUUUUUU